GUGGAACCACACUCGAUACGCCAUAUGAGAUCGUAGCACAAGGAUCUUCCUUUUCCCGCCAAAUUACCCCUUCUCUUCCCUUAUAGAGUUACAGUUUCGCGCCAUUUCUCAUACUCACUACCACCGCUCCGCCUCAACUCCACUCUCUCUCUCUCUCUCUCUCUCUCUCUCUCUCUCUCUCUCUCUCUCUCUCUCUCUCUCUCUCUCUCUCUCUCUCUCUCUCUCUUCGCCAUAUUCAACCAUGAACACCAAAGGCGUCGAUUUCAACUCAGACAAAGUUCUAGCGAGAGAGUUUCUUUCCAAUUUCGCAGACAAUAAUGGCGAAGCCAAAUACCUCAACAUCCUGCAAGAUGUUGCAAACCACAAAACUCGAUCUGUUCAAAUUGAUCUCGAAGACUUGAUUGAAUACAAAGAUCUAGAUGAGGAGUUUCUGAGACGUGUUACUGAGAAUACUCGAAGGUAUAUUGGGAUUUUUGCUGAUGCAAUCGAUGAGCUUAUGCCGGAGCCGACUGAGGCAUUCAUCGAUGAUGAUCAUGAUAUUUUGAUGACUCAGAGAUCUGACGAAGGAACUGAAGGUGCUGAUGGUUCUGACCCGCGCCAGAAAAUGCCUCCUGAAAUCAGGCGAUUCUUUGAAGUUUAUAUUAGAGCAUCUUCAAAAGGACGGCCGUUUACAAUUAGAGAAGUGAAGGCUUCAAACAUUGGUCAGCUUGUAAGGAUAGCUGGUAUAGUGACUCGUUGCUCGGAUGUCAAACCACUAAUGCAGGUGGCUGUAUACACCUGUGAGGAUUGUGGCUUUGAAAUUUAUCAGGAAGUAACAGCUAGAGUAUUCAUGCCUUUAUUUGAGUGUCCAUCAAGACGCUGUGUUACGAACAAGAGUAAGGGUAAUGUCAUCCUUCAACUGAGAGCGUCAAAGUUUUUGAGAUUUCAAGAGGCCAAAAUUCAAGAGUUGUCUGAACAUGUUCCAAAGGGCCAUAUUCCACGAACUAUGACUGUUCAUCUCAGGGGAGAACUCACUAGAAAGGUAGCUCCUGGUGAUGUCGUUGAACUAUCUGGGAUUUUUCUUCCUAUACCUUAUGUUGGUUUUAGAGCAAUGCGUGCUGGCCUAGUUGCUGACACAUACUUAGAGGCCAUGUCUGUGACUCAUUUUAAGAAAAAAUACGAAGAAUAUGAACUAAUAGGAGAUGAGGAAGAGCAGAUUAAACGUUUAGCAGAAGAUGGUGAUAUCUAUGAUAAGUUGGCUAGGUCACUAGCUCCUGAAAUUUUUGGACAUGAAGAUAUUAAGAAAGCACUGCUGCUGCUUCUUGUUGGUGCUCCCCAUCGGACAUUGAAAGAUGGGAUGAAGAUCAGAGGAGAUCUACAUAUAUGUUUGAUGGGUGAUCCUGGUGUUGCCAAGAGUCAGCUUCUUAAGCACAUAAUCAAUGUAGCACCCAGGGGUGUAUACACCACUGGCAAGGGAAGUAGUGGAGUUGGUCUAACUGCUGCUGUUCAGAAAGAUCCAGUGACAAAUGAGAUGGUUUUGGAGGGUGGAGCAUUGGUCCUAUCAGAUAUGGGCAUAUGUGCCAUUGAUGAAUUUGACAAGAUGGAUGAAUCAGAUCGUACAUCUAUACAUGAAGUUAUGGAACAACAGACUGUUAGCAUUGCCAAGGCUGGGAUCACUACAUCACUGAAUGCAAGGACUGCUGUCCUUGCUGCAGCUAAUCCAGCAUGGGGAAGAUAUGAUCUAAGAAGAACUCCUGCUGAAAAUAUUAAUCUUCCACCUGCCCUCCUAUCAAGGUUUGAUCUUCUGUGGUUAAUCCUUGAUCGAGCUGAUAUGGAUAACGAUCUUGAAAUGGCAAGGCAUGUUGUCUAUGUCCACCAAAAUAAAGAAUCUCCCGCACUAGGAUUCACUCCUCUUGAACCAUCUCUUCUCCGUGCAUACAUAUCAACUGCUAGAAGAUUGUCUCCAACUGUCCCAAGGGAAUUGGAAGAGUAUAUUGCUACUGCUUACUCCAGUAUUCGUCAAGAAGAAGCAAAGUCCACCACUCCACAUUCCUAUACUACUGUCAGAACAUUGCUCAGUAUUCUCCGCAUAUCAGCUGCCUUAGCAAGACUCCGUUUUUCUGAAACUGUUGCUCAGAGUGAUGUGGAUGAGGCAUUGAGGUUAAUGCAGAUGUCGAAAUUCUCUUUGUACUCAGAUGACCGUCAAAGAUCUGGUCUGGAUGCUAUAUCUGAUAUUUAUUCCAUACUUCGUGAUGAAGCUGCUAGAAGUAGCCGAAUGGAUGUCAAUUAUCGUGAUGCAUUGAAUUGGAUAUCUCGAAAGGGGUACAGUGAAGCCCAGUUGAAAGAAUGUUUGGAGGAGUAUGCAGCAUUGAAUGUAUGGCAGAUACAUCCUCAAACCUUUGAUAUCAAAUUUAUUGAUGCUUGAUGCACACUCAACAGAAUUAGAAAAAGCUUUAUGAUAAUCUAGUUUCCAGAAACGGGGAUAAGCCAUAAGAGUGGUGGUCGACUGUAGGGAAAUCACAUUAGUAGUUUCGUUUUCUUGUGGUUUGGUUACCCAGGUCAUGUGGAUUCUUUGUAUUGUUAACUAGAAUGUAGAAAUGCUUAUAUUUAAUUAUUUGCGGAGUUCUUGCACAUUUAACUUUUAUAUGAUUCCAGACAGAACUACAAAUUUGUAGCGCCCACCAGGUUGCAUCUUAACAGUAAAAUCUUUUAGUACUUAUAUUUGUACA